AUGGUCCCGUCUGGCUUGAGAAGCGACGUGUCUGUGUCUGGACUCUCGGACAUGACCCGGGUGGCAUCGCAGAGAUCACAGGACGGGGACUGCAGCGAAGAGCAGGCCUGGCUCCUCGCCCCGAUUUCUCCUCCAAAGGGAAACAGCUCGGACUCUGCCUAUCGUGUGACCCUCGGGGAGCACCAGCUGUCCAACCCCUCCCCGAGUUGGGUCUCAUCCCCUGUGCGCCAGAUCCUCGUCCACCCCGAUUACAACAGGGGGACCCGUUCCGCCGAUAUUGCCCUAGUGAAGCUCACGGAGCCAGUGCGAUACACCGACGAAAUCCUCCCCAUCUGCUUGCCAGGCCCCUCCCACUCCUUCCCUGGCAACCACACGUGCUGGGUCACCGGCUGGGGGACAACAGCUUCUGCGGUCUCUCUCCCACCCCCCAAGACGCUGCAGGAGGUUCCGGUCCAGCUGAUGGACACUGCAGCCUGCAACGCCCUCUACAACAUCGACCUGGCCCCGAACAUCGGCAGGGACCCCAUUAAACCCAACAUGAUCUGUGCCAGCUAUGCAGAAGGGAAGAGGGACUCCUGCCAGGGUGACUCUGGGGGGCCACUGACCUGUGACCACAAUGGGACCUGGUUCCUGAUGGGGGUUGUGAGUUGGGGGGACGGCUGUGGCCAGCCCAAUCGUCCCGGUGUCUAUGUCUGGACAGUGGCCUACGGUGAAUGGAUAUGGGGGCACAUGGUCUCCAGGGGAUGAGCCACCAGUACAGAAAACAGCCUCUCUGCAAUAAAUGAUGCCA